AUGAUAGGAGCUGGAAAGGGUCACAUAAGUGCAGCUGCUUUUCUCAUUCAACAUGGUGCUAUUGUGGAUCUUCAAGACGGAAAUGGAGAAACAGCCCUUCACCAUGCUGUGCUUUUUUCCUUAAGAAAAAUUUGGGAUCCGAAGAGGUUUGGAUAUGGAGCUAAUUAUAUCAAUUCAGGCUAUAGAAAUGACAGCCAAAUCCCCCUGAAGAUAUUGGCUGAAAAAGACCGUGUACGUGUAGCAACCUUUCUUAUUGAACAUGGAGCGAAUGUGGAUCUUCAAGACAAAAAUGGUCUAUCACCUCUUCAUUAUGCCGCAAGUCAUUCUGAAGUCUUAUUGCAGAUUUCAAAAAGUUUGAUUGAAAUUCUCAGGAGCUGAUGAAAAUAAAUGUGCAAAAAUCAAAAGCACCCUGUUGAUGAUUGCAUGUAAGUAUAGUUGCUUAAAUGCAGUCCAUUUUCUCAUUGAAUGUGGAGCUAAUUUGGCUGUCAAUGAUGAAGAUGGUUAUACAGCUCUUUUUGAUCAUCAUGCCUGCAAUUCUCAUUACUUGAAAUGUUUGAUUCAAAGUGGAGCUGAUGUCAAUCUCUUGAAUGCAGUCACCUUUCUCAGUGAACAUGGAGCUUACAUGGCUCUUAAAGACAGUGAUGAAUAUAUAGCUCUUCAUCAUGCCAGCAAUUCUCAUUACUCACAUGAGAUUUUGAAAUGUUUAAUUCAAAGUGGAGCUGAUGUCAACGCAUGUACAAAGACCAAAAGCACCCCUUUAAUGAUGGCAUGUAAAUGUGGUCUCUUGAAUGCAGUCACCUGUCUCACUGAACAUGGAGCUAACAUGGCUCUUACAGACAGUGAUGGUUAUACAGCUCUUCACCAUACUUGCAAUUCUCAUUCACAUCACUCUAUUAGAGUUUUAGGUUAUUUGAUUGAAAAUGGAGCUGAUAUUAAUGCUUGCACAAACGAUGACUACACGCCUCUGAUGAUAGCAGCUCAAAAGGGUGACAUAAAUGCAGUCACCUCGCUCGUUGAAUGUGGUGCUAAAUUGUGCAUGAUCGCGACAGAGAUGGUCGAACAGCUCUUCAUUUUGCAAUAUAUUAUAUUUCUCCUGCCUCAAUUUUUGAGGUAUCAAGUUCUUUAGUAAAAUAUGGAGCUGCACCUACAGUAAUGAGACCCUACUGAUAUGUUAGGAAGGUGUGAUGGUCAUGAAAAUGUGGGGACCUUUCUUAUCGAACAUGGAGCUGAUGUGGAUCUUCAAGACAAAGAUGGUGACACCGCCCUUCACUAUGCUGCAAGCUCUAGUCUCCCUGAGAUUGUAA